AUCCCGCAUAUACCGCACCGCGCUCCGCGAUACUCAUAGCACUCGUUGACGCGAAUCCUCCAACGAUUGUGUUCCGACGCGACCGGCGGUGCCUCACCUCGUGUAUCUUUUCAUAUCGGAGUCUGUCGCUCGGUAGAAAAAAAAACGUGAGAGGCGCACAACGUUCCUUUUGCCGAUCGUCCACGUCCAACGGCAGCAGCCAAUUUGAGAAGCCGAAGUUUCCUUCCCCGGGUCUCCCAACACGCGCAGACGGACCGGGCACAUUGGGUUUUUAAUGUGUAACAAAACGUCACGGGAUGAAGCUCACACGGAACUGCCUAGGCAACAUCAACAAGAUGUUGGACUUCUAUUCGCAAUUCAACCCCUCGCCGCUCUCGAUAAAACAGUUCAUCGAUUUCGGUCUAAGCGCCUGUGAAAGGAAGUCCUUCAUAUUCCUGAGGAAGGAAUUGCCGGUACGACUCGCCAAUAUUAUGAAGGAGAUUCACUUACUGCCGGAAAAUCUGCUAAAGAUGCCUAGUGUGGGUAUUGUGAAUAAUUUGUACGCCACCUCCUUCGAGGAAAUCCUACACUUUGAGAAAGUCGAUGUCAACGAGACCACUUUAGACAAAUUUUGCCAAGCUCUGAUAAAGAUACGGAACAGACAUACCGACGUCGUUCAGACAAUGGCACAAGGUGUUUUGGAGCUGAAAGAGUCUCACGACGUGGAUGUUCAAACUGAGAACAGCAUUCAGUAUUUCCUGGACAGAUUUUUCAUGUCCCGCAUUUCGAUUCGUAUGCUGAUCAAUCAACAUACGCUCCUUUUCGGUGGGCAAUUGAACGGGCACAGUAGACACGUAGGAUGUAUAGAUCCGUCCUGUGACGUGAUCGGCGUCAUUAAGGACGCUUAUGAGAACGCACGGUUUUUAUGCGAUCAAUAUUAUUUGGCUAGUCCGGAAUUGAAAGUUAAACAGCAUAACGAGCUUGAACGCAGUAGUGAAAUUAGGAUUAUUUAUGUGCCGAGCCAUUUGUACCAUAUGCUCUUCGAACUCUUCAAGAACAGCAUGAGAGCCGUGAUGGAGCAUCAUGGAACUGACUCGGACAAUUAUCCACCGCUUGAAGUUUUGUUAGUGCGCGGUAAAGAAGAUAUUUGCGUAAAGAUAUCUGAUAGAGGUGGCGGCAUUCCUCGUUCAGAAACGGACCAUUUGUUUAAAUAUAUGUACAGCACCGCUCCACAGCCGAGCAAAUCGGAUGCUCAUACAGUACCGCUUGCAGGAUACGGUUAUGGACUGCCAUUAUCCCGGUUGUAUGCCAGGUAUCUCCAUGGUGACAUCGUAUUGCUCAGCUGCGAAGGUUACGGAACAGAUGCUAUCAUCUAUCUAAAGGCAUUAUCUACCGAGGCGAAUGAAUUGUUACCGAUAUUUAAUAAGUCCUCAUCGAAAUUUUAUCGCACACCGGUACCCACUGCGGAUUGGAGCAGUCAGUGUGGUGGUGGGAUGGCGACGAGGCAGCUUAGUAUGAGUCAUGCUCAAGGCCACAGGCUGCCACAUGGGAUGGAGAUCACUCAUUUAUAGCAGAGCGCGAUCGAUGCGGAUCAGAAAACUAUUGGGGAACUCAAGAAGAUUUUCUGUUCGCAUGUUGAAAAGGAUACUUUAAUAGGAAAGCAAGAUCUGCAUUCAAAACAAGGGCAAAUAUUGACGGAGUAUACUCUACAAAUACAACUAAUUAUAUUGCAGAUGAGAUAUUACACGUAUUGGCCAAAGACAAUAUUGAUAAUCUCUUCCUUGUGCCGUAAUUGCAUUACAUAUCAAAUCAAUUAUACAGAUUUGAUAAUCGAGGCUUUUGUUUUUCAUCGACACAAGCAAAGAACAUCAGAUUACCUACUAUAUAUUUUAACAAAAACAUUAUCACAGGGUUUACGGUUAAUAUUAAAAAAAAGGAGAGAAUUUUUUGACAAAUCUUGAAAUAACAUUACUAUUUGUUUUAUAAUAAAGCAUUGCAUCCAAAUAAUUGGAUUACGUUUAUAUUAGGCUUUCUAUAAGCAUAUUUGAUUUAAAAAUGUUGAUUAAUGUUGAUUAAUGUUGAUUAUUACAGACAAUAUCAGCAUUUGAAUCUGAAAAAGCAUUUUUUGUUAUAUUGUAGCAAUGUCGAAAUAUAUCCUGGACGGCGUUCUAUAUUUGAAAAAAUAUAGUUUUCAUUUAUA